UCUCUCUCCCUAGCGAUGCACAUUGCCCAACACCGUCGAAGAAAAGCGCGCAUUUUUCCUGCACACCACGUGGUGGGCGCGCAAGUGCCCGCCGCAUCUCCUCUUCAUCGGUCUCUUUCCUUCGCGUAGGCGCACGAUACGCUCUCUCGCGUGUGGAAAAAAGGAUAUCACUGUGUCGUCGUGGAUGACUGUUAUUAUGUGUUUUUCUUUCCAUUCACCCCGGUACAUUCAGAGGAAAACUGUGAGCAUCAGGGAGUUUUUGUUCGUAUGUAGGUAUUUGUUGUGAUGCAUCCACACUCCACAGUGGGAAUGCGUGUUUGCUUCGGUUUAGACUAGAGGUACGACGGCGCGUCGUCGCUCGGUGUUGAAUUUUCUUCUUUAUUCCCUGAAUCGGAGUCAAAACCGUUUUCCCCCGCGCUUCGCUUCUGGAUCCUCCCUCCUUCAUCCUCGCGUGUUCAAGAUACCUUCUUACACAUGGUUUGUGCUCUUUGGUGGUGUUGUUAUUUGUUAGCUGGUUGGGUUGGAUGGUAUCUCUCGUCGGGUGUUCUGUUCGGGUUUUUUGCUGUUUUCCAUUUUUGUUGUUGGUUCGGUCGCUCUUUUAUCAAAAUAUCAACAGUGGAACAGAUUAUGAUGGGACCAUUAUGUGUUUAGAAUUCGACGUGAAAACAUCAUUGCGCGAACGGGAGAUAUCUCGCUUGUUCUGGACGGCCUACUGACUCGGUAAAUCGGGCUUUGGGAACGCUAACGGCUUCUACGGUUUUUGAUAAGAGGAAAACGCCGGAUUUAGGACAGGAUCCCUUGCGUUCAAACUGUUCAAAUCGUGUAAUCUACGAAAGGUGUGUUUGCCAAAUGUUGGAAAUGAUGUUGCAAUGUGAAUGUUUCAAUGUGAGAAGACCUACAAAAACACAUAGAAAAGAGUAAAAAAAUGACCGAGAUCGAUUGCAUCUGAACUGCACACAGAAAACCGCAACUGAUAAGAGGCAGCCUAAUUUGGCACACGCGUUUUGUCCUCUGAUAGCGCGCGGAGUCGUUCCGUUGCAAAGAUAAUUGAAGUGUGAAUUGAUUGCAGUGUAUGACAGAAAAAAAAACGUAAACGAAUUGCUCCGGCAGAGAUAUCAAACGCGACGAUUUCGCAAUUAAGAAGUGAUAUAAUCGUGAUAUACAGAGCACAAGGUGACAAAUAAAACAAAAGAAUUGUGAGAGAAGACGCGACUGGGGUGACGUGCAAAGUUGUAGUGACCUAAUUAGAAAAAUUAAAAACGGAAACAGUACCCACCUCCCGCAAGUUCACAAUGGACAUGACCAUGGCGUCCAAACUUCAUCUGUCCUGCAGUGCGGGUAGCAGUAGUGGUAACGGAACGUCCCAUUCAAACGGAACCACCAGUAGCAGCAGUAGCAGUAGUAGCGGAACAGCUACCGGUGAACACAUCAAACGGCCGAUGAAUGCUUUUAUGGUGUGGUCCCGGGGGCAGCGGCGGAAGAUGGCACAAGAUAACCCCAAGAUGCACAACUCGGAGAUAUCGAAGAAUCUGGGAGCGCAGUGGAAGCUGCUGACCGAGGGCGAGAAGAGACCAUUCAUCGACGAGGCCAAACGAUUGAGAGCCCUGCACAUGAAGGAACACCCGGACUACAAAUACCGCCCCCGAAGGAAGCCCAAAACCUUGGUUAAAUCCCCCACACCUGCCAACGCAGCCAGCACAUCCACACCGGCUAGCUCCAAGGAACCCCUCCGAUCACAUUCACCGCAAAGCAAAUCACCCUAUAACCCCUCCCCUCUCACCACACCCAUCACCAUCCCACCGGGAAUAUUCCCCUCCUAUCACUUCGCCUACGAUCUGCACCAGAAAGCGUUCUGGAAUCUCUACGGCUCGCACAUACUCUCGACGAUGGUUCCCCCGUACAGCGUUCCUCCGCACUCCCCGCAUCCGCUGGCCUACAUCAAACCCUCCAAAUCGUCCCCCCCGUCCCCGAUUGCACCACCCUCGCCCAUACCGUCGAGUAACGUCAUCUGACCUACACCGCUGCGCUACAGUGCCGAACAUAGCGUCUAGGAGGCGUCCCUAAUCUCCGCUAACAUUAUUGCUUCUGACGAGAACACAACUCACAAGCUCUGAGAAGUGAAUGCAGACAUUGAUAGUUUUGAAAACUUGGUAAAUCAGUACUGAACUUCAGUCAUAAUUGUCAUAGUUCGGUAUUGGUUUACCAAAACUUUAACGAAAAGCUUAAGACUUUAAAUUUACGUGAAUUGUUAGGCUUCAACGAACGGAGAAAUGAAAUCUUACCCAUAUCAGGAGCAAACGGCUGCAAAUUAGUCCCAGUGAAUAAAGGAAACAUUGAUUUUACAAUGACCUAGGUUUAUUAAAUACAAACUAAUGGAAACCAAUCAAAAUUGUUAAGGAAAAUUAGUUGAAUUUAGUUUUUUGUUCUAAGAUUCGGCUAAACAUUGAUUUUUUAUUCAUCGUACAUAAUUGGUAUGAGUGCAAUAGGUAAACUUAGGAUUAGUUAAAUAAGUUAGGACUUAUUUUAGAUUGAAUCAAGUGUACAUAUUUUUUCAAUUAUUAAAGACAAGUCCUGAAAUAAUGUCUCAAAUUUUAAAAAGGAGAAAACUCGUUAUUAAAAACGUUUAUACAAAUAUAGCUGUUCGUACAGAUUGAAACAAGAGCAAAAUGCAACUUGUACGCGAGAAAUCCAAUUGUAUUACAAAUAAAUCUUCAUUAGAAAAUGCCGAAGACAGAAUGAUCUUCUCAUCACUAUAUAUAUUGUACCUACGCAAAAUAUCAUAAUCGUCUUCGGAUGAUUACACUUAUAUGAAUGUAUUUGUGAAAUUAAAUGAAGAUUUGACUUAGUGCUCUACUUCUCAUUAAAAUUUAAUUUUAAUAAAAAAUGCAACACUA